GCCACUCUGUUAUGGCUCUCGGAAGGCCUCGUGGUAGCAAGCGAUCGUCCUCUUCUUCUUCUUCCUCUUACGCCUCCACUGUUACGACUCUCGUCUUCUUAUCCUUAUGCGUUCUCGGAGUAUGGAUGCUCACCUCCAACUCCGUUCUUCCCCCGCCGUCCACAACUCGCACUUCUUCCGACGAAACCCAACUCCCCAAAUCCCAAGAGAAGGAUGCCACUUCCGUGUUCGAGGAUAAUCCCGGUGAUCUCCCUCUCGAUGCUAUUAAAUCCGAUGACGCUGUUAAUAUUAUCGCCGAUGAUGGUUCUAAGGACCAGGAGUCGAGAGACGCCAAUGAGGCUCAAUUGUUGGAGGAGACUGUAAUGACUCGAAAUCAACAACGGGAUGACGCCCAAAAAACAGAGGACAAAUUAGAUUCAGGAGGGAGCCAAGAACAAAGCAAUGAAUCCACGGAGAAUUUGGAAGCCAAAUCCAAUGAAAUGCCUUUGCAAGUUGAUGGUCAAGAACAACAAAAGCAAAUACAGGAGGAGCCUGAAAACAACGCUAAUUCACAAGAAAUUCAACAAGCGAUUUCAAACGAAGAGCAACUACCUGCAACCGAUGUACCAGAAAACAGUGGAGACACUCAAAAUGAUCAACAGAAACCUGAAUCUGAACCCGAAAAAGUCCCGCAAGAACCCGAAAUUCAUAACCAGGAUGAUGACAAGGCUCAACAAGAGACACAACAGCAACAAGAACAGGACAACUCGAACACGAGCGACAAUAGUAAAAAGCCGACCGAGGAUCAAGAAUCACAGGGAACUGAAUCCAAGGGGAGCCAAGAAGCCUCAAAGGAAACAAAAACGGAAAUCAAAGUGGAAGAGACUACCACAGCAGGGUCACUUGAGAGCUCGGUGAUACCCAAGGAGUCAAAGGAGUCUAAGAAAUCGUGGUCGACACAGGCUGCGCAAUCGGAGAACGAGAAUGAUCGCCGGAGGGAAGAAUCGAGCAGCGACGGUAGCAUCUACGGAUACACGUGGAAGCUCUGCAAUGUCACGGCAGGGGCUGAUUACAUCCCCUGUUUAGAUAAUGAGAAAGCCAUUAAGAAGCUGCGAACGACAAAGCACUUCGAGCACCGGGAGAGACACUGCCCGGAGGAGGGACCCACAUGCCUGGUUUCCCUCCCGGAGAACUACAAAACAUCCAUCGAAUGGCCUCAGAGUAGGGACAAGAUUUGGUACCACAAUGUACCACGCACAAAGCUUGCCGAGGUGAAAGGCCACCAAAACUGGGUCAAGGUUACCGGCGAGUUCUUGACUUUUCCCGGCGGUGGUACUCAGUUCAUCCACGGCGCUCUACACUACAUAGAUUUUCUUCAACAGUCUUUACCUGAUAUUGAGUGGGGAAAGAAGACAAGAGUGAUAUUGGACGUGGGCUGCGGAGUUGCCAGCUUCGGCGGCUAUCUGUUCGAGAAAGACGUGCUUGCAAUGUCGUUUGCACCGAAAGACGAGCAUGAAGCUCAAGUCCAAUUCGCCCUUGAGAGGGGAAUUCCAGCCAUUUCUGCUGUCAUGGGCUCACAGCGUCUGCCAUUUCCAAGCAUGGUUUUUGAUCUUAUUCACUGCGCUCGAUGCAGAGUGCCUUGGCAUGAACAAGGUGGGAUGCUUCUCUUAGAAUUGAACCGAGUGCUGAGGCCGGGAGGGUUUUUUGUUUGGUCUGCAACUCCGGUGUACCAGACCCUAGAAGAAGACGUUGAGAUUUGGAAAGAAAUGUCUGCUUUGACAAAGUCCAUGUGUUGGGAGCUUAUGACAAUUCAGAAGGACAAGUUGAACUCCAUUGGAGCUGCCAUUUACAGGAAACCAACCUCAAACGAAUGCUACGAUCAAAGAAACGAAAAGCGUCCUUCCAUGUGCAAAAACGACGACGAUCCUAACGCAGCAUGGUAUGUGCCAUUGCAAGCAUGUAUGCACCGUGUGCCGGUUGACAAUGCAGCGAGGGGAAGCAACUGGCCAAAACAAUGGCCUCAGAGGUUGCAAGCACCUCCUUACUGGCUAAACAGCUCCCAGAUGGGCGUUUAUGGCAAACCAGCUCCUCAAGAUUUCUCAACUGAUUAUGAACAUUGGAAAAGAGUUGUGAAUAAAACUUACAUGAAUGGAUUAGGCAUAAAUUUGUCCAACAUCAGGAAUGUGAUGGAUAUGAGAUCUGUUUAUGGCGGAUUUGCAGCAGCUCUGAGAGACCUUAAAGUCUGGGUAAUUAACGUAGUGAAUGUAGACUCUCCCGAUACGCUUCUGGUGAUCUACGAGCGCGGUCUCUUCGGCAUUUACCAUGAUUGGUGUGAAUCCUUCAGCACAUAUCCAAGAACAUAUGAUCUUCUACACGCUGAUCAUCUUUUCUCAAAGUUGAAAAAGAGGUGCAAAUUGCCUCCUGUCUUAGCAGAGGUCGACCGCAUCGUAAGACCUGGAGGCAAAUUGAUCGUCCGAGAUGAGUCCAGCACGAUCGGAGAAGUGGAGAACAUGUUGAAGUCUCUCCGUUGGGAAGUUCACUUGACCUUCUCCAAAAACCAGGAAGGGCUGCUGAGUGCUCAGAAAGGCAAUUGGCGACCAGAUAUCUACGCAGAGUCUUCCUGAUUUUGUACACAAACACGCACCCAUCUAAUGGAAGUGCCCUCUACAGAGAUUUGUAGACCAGCUACAAUCUUUGGAAGAGUUGCAGUAUGUAAACUAGGCACAUACCUCAGCUGCU